UACCAACCCAUAAACAUACAUACCCAUCAAGCAAACCCAACCCUAGACCUCCUCACCCAUUCCUUUCUUCGAAAAUCCAAAUCCCCCCAAAAUGACAACAAAAGGCAGCUGCUUCUGCACCGCCAUCCGCAUCGAAUGCACCAGCCCGCCCCUCACCACGGGCCUCUGCCACUGCCACGACUGCCGCAAACUCACGGGCUCCGCCUACUCGCACAGCGUCCUCGUGCCCACCGGUGCCUUCCGGGUGGUCGCCGGCACGCCCAAGGCCGUGGCCAAAACGGCCGAUAGUGGGAAUGCGGUGCGGAAUUACUUUUGUGGGGAUUGUGGAUCACCGCUGUACGGACACAAGAUCAAUGCUGAUGGGCGGCCGGCGGAGGUGACGGUUGUGAGGGCGGGGGUGCUGGAUGAUGCCGAGGUGUUGGAGAGGAGGCCCGACGCGGAGUUGUUUACGGGGAGGCGGUUGGGGUGGGUUGGGGCGGUGGAGGGGGCCGGGCAGGUUUGUGGGAUGUUGGAUUUUUCUUAG